AUGGUAACGCGAACGAGUUCGCACCAGUCGGACUCCUCCUCGGAGAGUCCCUCGCUCUCGCGACGCGGCACUCAUGUAUCCACGGCGACGACAGCCCAGGAAAAAACGACCCUCUUGGGCCUGAUCAAGAAGCUAUGGCAAAAGUCGGGUUUGGACCGCGUGACUAUCCUGUUGAUGAUGAAAGGUGGUCUUGCGCCGGCAAUUGCUGUGUCGAUCUACCAAGCGACCGAUGUCGCAGACGAGUAUACGACCCUCGGGUACCUCGUUGCCAUUGUCUCAAUUCUGGGCUUUGCUAUCAUGCCGAGAGCCAAAUUCAUUCAAAUGAUGAUCUUUGACGUCCUGGCAGUUUGUAUCGCAGCCUGCUUCGCCUUGCUCACGAUGUACUCCAGUGUCAAGGCACGCGAGAACACCCGCACCGCGGCCACCAGUCAAUCCUAUAACUCGUCUGCAUCCGCAGUCAGUGGAGUCUGGCUGUUCUUUCAGAUAUGGCUCGUCCAUGCCUUCCGCGCCAAGUAUCCACAGUUCCAAUUCCCGGUGAUCAUUUACGCCAUCUUUGCCAAUAUCUCAUCGGUCUAUGCACCCCAGAUGGUGAACAUGACCGCCGCCAUCAAUCUCGUGGACAAGAUGCUCAGGACGUUUCUCUCGGGACUAGCCAUCUCGACGGCUGUAUCACUGUUUAUUCUUCCUAUGACGUCACGGCAGGCGGUCUUGAAGCAGAUGGCGGGUUAUAUUGGCGGACUUCGCACUGCGUUGGGUGCCCAUGCGGCCUAUUUUGAGUCACUGGAGAGAGAUGACAUGUUUGGCCGGGCGGAAACAUAUGAUGAGGCGCGCGAAAAGUUCGGCGACAAGGGUAAAGUUUACAGUCCCGAAGCAGAGGCAAUUCGGGCGGCGAUUCGGCAGAUCACAGAUCUGCAUGCCAAACUUCACGGCGAUAUAUCCUUUGCGAAAAGAGAAUUUGCGCUCGGCAAACUGGGCCCGGAUGACCUGCAAAUGAUCUUUCGCCACCUGCGGCAGAUUAUGAUUCCUGUGGUCGGGUUGAGCUUUGUUGUUGAUAUCUUCCAGCGAUUAUCGGACUACAACAGGUGGAACGCGCCGAUCGAUCCAAAUGCUGAGCCUAUCCCUGAAGAAGUUCGCCAUCGUGUUGUGCGCGACUGGAAUGACAUAAUGAGGGCGGUACACGAUCCUUUCGCAGAGAUGAUCAAAACCAUUGACGAGGGGCUGCUACAUAUUUCAUAUGCCUUCCGACUGACAAAGCCGCCCAAGAAGACCACAUCUGCCCCAACCACGAAUAAAGAACCCGGAGAAGAGGGGAGGGACAUAGAGGCCUCGGCUGAGGACACUGCACCUGGAGGAAAGGGCUUUGCGGCUCACUUUGAAAAGAAGCUGGGCGAGUUUCGGAGCGCGAAGCGAAUCGCUCUUCAGACCUGGGCUGAAGAGAAAGGCAUCAAUCUGCCGACGGACUUUUUCGAGCACCCCUCCUCCGUUGAGGCCCUGAAGGGGGACUUUUUCUCUGCUUCCGCUUCUCACCAGGAUCGGAGUCGACGGCAGCUAUACCUCUUCCUCUACAUGGAUCAACUCCUUCAUUCGACUGGACGCACGGUGUUGGAUUUCAUUCACAGUGCCGACGGCGUUGUCGCCAAGGGAAAGCUGUCGCGAACUCGACUCAUUAUCCCAGGCUCUAAGCGCAUGUGGAAAUGGGUCAAGGGCUGGCUGAAGGCUGAAGAUACCCACGAAGAUGAUCACCUGGGGGAUGUGCACGCGCAGAACAGCAGCCUGGAACUAGGCGAGGCCUAUAAGCACCGGAAAGACCCUGAACGUCUGCCCCCUGACACAUUAUUCCAGAAAUUCGGAGACAAGGUCCGAGUAAUUCCCUCCUUCUUGCGCUCUUUUGAAUCCUCGUACGGAUUCCGGGUUGCAUGUGCGACCAUGACCAUUGCGGUUGUAGCUCUGCUACAUGAUACCCAGACUUUCUUCACCAAGCAACGACUUGUGUGGGCCAUGAUCAUGGUUAAUUUGAGCAUGUCACCCACUUCUGGACAAAGUAUUUUCAGCUUUGUGCUUCGAAUUGCAGGCACCACCAUUGCCAUGGUGGCAAGUCUUUUGGUCUGGUAUAUACCGGACCAGAAGACUCCGGGUGUGAUUGUCUUCCUCUUCCUCUUUGUGUCAUGCGCUUUCUAUAUCCCCAUCAAGAUGUUCCGUUUCCGUGUCAUUGGGAUCAUUAGCAUCGUCACCACCACCAUGAUUGUUGGAUAUGAGCUCCAGGUCCGCAAGGUGGGCGAAAAGGUCGCCACCUCCAAUGGGCAGCCGUAUUACCCGAUCUACCUGCUCGCGCCAUAUCGACUGGCCACUGUCACCGGAGGUAUCGCGGUUGCUUUCCUCUGGACAUUCUUCCCAUAUCCCAUCUCAGAGCAUUCUGUUCUCCGUCAGAGCCUGGGUGCAUCAUUGUACCUCCUGGCUAACUACUACUCCAUUAUCCAUGAGACCCUUUCUGCUCGCAUGCGUGGUGAUGAAGGGGAUGCGGCCUUCAAAAGCUCUGCGGGCCGAAAGCUGGAGAAGGCGCGACACAAGGUGUUUUCGAAGCAGAUGCUGAUGUUGAAUGGGUUGCGAACCUACUCAGAGUUUCUGAAAUGGGAGGUUCCUAUCGGAGGUCGAUUCCCCAAGAAGCAAUACGACUCGAUCAUUGUCUGCGUCGAGAAUAUCGUGAGUUAUCUCAGUUUACUGGGGUACGCAUCCGACACGUUGAUGCGCCUCGGCGAAGACGAUGAUGAUGAGACGGACUCGGCCUGGAUGCACGACUUCCGUCGGCUCGUGGGCACUGCAAAUGUCACAACCCACGAGGUCACAUCAUUGCUGUGUCUUCUAUCCGCUAGCAUUACCAAUCGCCAACCUCUGCCCCCAUACCUCAAGGCCCCGCGACCGUAUAGCUUUUCCAAGCGCUUGGAAGCCCUUGACAGUGACAUUCUGAGUAUCAAGCACAUCGCCGAGCCGGGCUUUGCGGCAUUCGCUGUGUUGCAGAUUUCCACUCGGUGCAUCGUGGGAGACGUGGAAAGGCUUAUGCGGCACGUGAAAGGCCUGGUCGGGGAGCUGGACUUCUCCUUCCAUGCCGUGAGUACGAUGGACCCGCGAAUUGCAGAAUCGAGAUACACAUCGCGUGCGCCAUCGAGAGUGAGCUUGAACGAGGUCCAGGCAGCCGAUCGUGAGAAGAAGGACUGA